AUGGCAAUAACCCCUUUGAAAAUACGUUCAUUUUUAUAUAUGUUUAUUGGCAGUACAGUAUCUAUUCUCAUAAUUGCAGGAAACAUUCUUGUAAUUACCUCCAUCAUUUACUUCAAACAGCUCCACACUCCUACAAACUACCUUAUUCUCUCUCUGGCUACGGCUGAUCUGCUUGUUGGGGCUUUAGUUUUGCAGUUCAAUAUGGCACUGAAUCUACGGUCAUGUUUCUUUUUUGGGGAUUUAGUUUGUAAAAUGCGACGCUGCUUUGAUGUUACACUAAUGACAACAUCAAUUCUCAACUUGUGUUGUAUUUCUAUUGACAGAUAUUAUGCAGUGUGUCAGCCCCUGAAAUAUAAAUGCAAAAUAACUGUCCAUGUUGUUGUGAUCAUGAUCCUGGUGAGCUGGACUGUUUCUUCUCUAUUGGGAUUCGGCAUGGUGUUUGUAGGACUUAAACAUAUUGUGUGUGAAGGAAGGUGUUUAAUAUUUCGAAUUCCAAAUUCAAAUAUUGUUGGACCUGUUGUCUCAUUUUACUUCCCAGUGAUCACAAUGCUCUGUAUCUACCUGAAGAUUUUCCUUGUUGCACAGAGACAGGUGCGCAGCAUCCAGACCACAAAGUCCGGAAUAGCUGUCAUUAAGAUGGAGAGAAAGGCCACUAAAACUCUGGCUAUAGUUAUGGGAGUUUUUCUUUUCUGUUGGACUCCUUUCUUUCUUUCUAUAACCUUUAAUCCUGUGACUAAUUAUUCAGUCCCAUCGCCUCUGAUUGAAACUCUUGUUUGGCUUGGAUGGUCAAAUUCAAUGUUUAAUCCAUUUGUUUAUGGAUUCUUUUACAGCUGGUUUCGAUCAGCCUUCAGAAUAAUAAUAUCUGGAAAAAUAUUUUAUGGCAAUUUCACAAAUUCAAAACUGUUAUGA